AUGAGUCGCUAUCCGUGGGAGUCCUACGUCGCUCCCUCGAAGUUGUUCUUCUACAUUUGGUUCUGGGGUCUGCACAUUGCCUGCUUCAUACUUGGAUGGUUCUAUCAAGCGAGGAGCGCACCUUUAGCGCCACUAAAUGCGCUUUCUUAUUCAGUCUGGAUCUCGCGAGGUGCUGGCCUUGUACUGACCUUCGAUGGAACAUUGAUACUAUUGCCAAUGUGCAGAAAUAUCAUAAAGUUUCUACGACCUAAGCUCAGGUUUUUGCCUCUCGACGAGAACGUAUGGUUCCACCGCCAGGUGGCCUACUCGAUCCUGAUAUUCACCAUUCUACAUGUUUCAGCCCACUACGUCAACUUCUAUCAUGUCGAAAAGAAGCAGCUCCGUCCGGAGACAGCACUUCAAAUCCACUAUACCCAGGCAGGCGGAGUGACCGGACAUGUGAUGCUCUUUUGCAUGUUGCUAAUUUACACCACAUCCCACCAUAGAAUCCGGCAACAGUCAUUUGAGACGUUUUGGUACACACAUCACCUGUUCAUUCCGUUCCUCCUAGGUCUAUAUACCCACGCGACAGGCUGCUUUGUCCGGGAUAGCGCGGAACCGGUGUCGCCGUUUGCCGGAAAAGAAUUUUGGAGCCAUUGCAUUGGGUAUCACGGAUGGAGAUGGGAGCUCGGAGCAGGCGGUCUCUACCUGUGUGAGCGCUUAUGGCGCGAGAUUCGAGCUUUACGGGAGACCGAAAUCACAAAGGUCAUUCGUCACCCAUACGAUGCAAUGGAAAUUCAAUUCCGCAAGCCGAGCUUCAAGUAUAAAGCCGGGCAGUGGCUUUUUAUCCAGGUGCCCGAAGUAUCGAACACGCAAUGGCACCCUUUUACCAUCACAUCCUGCCCGUUCGAUGAUCAUGUCAGUAUUCACGUACGCCAAGUCGGUGAUUUUACGCGUGCUCUUGGUGAUGCCUUGGGUUGCGGUCCGGCGCAAGCGCGAGAUAUGGAAGGGCUUGAUCCCUUGGGCAUGUACGAAGUUGCCCUUCAAAACGGACAGCAAAUGCCGAAACUCCGAGUCGACGGACCGUAUGGAGCUCCUGCCGAAGACGUCUUCGAGAACGAAAUUGCUGUCCUGAUUGGAACCGGUAUCGGUGUUACUCCAUGGGCAUCCAUCCUUAAGAACAUCUGGCACAUGCGCGCCAGCCCGAAUCCUCCAAAACGUCUCCGUCGAGUUGAGUUCAUCUGGGUCUGCAAAGACACCACCUCUUUCGAGUGGUUCCAAGAGCUUCUUUCCUCCCUCGAAGCCCAAUCCUCAGCCGAUGCAGCCUUUGAAGGGUCAGCAGAGUUCCUGCGCAUCCACAUCUACCUCACACAGCGCCUAGACCAAGAUACCACCGCCAACAUCUAUCUGAAUUCCGUCGGCUGCGAACUCGACCCGCUUACAGAAUUGAAGAGCAGGACAAACUUUGGCCGACCAGACUUCAAACGAUUGUUUACUGCCAUGCGCCAGGGACUGCAGGACCAGUCCUACAUGUCCGGCUUGCACGGGCACACAAGCGGACACUCGACUACAGAAAUCGGUGUCUACUUUUGCGGACCUAAUGUGGCCGCGAGGCAGAUCAAAGCCGCAGCUUCGGCCUCCAGUACUAAGGACGUCAAGUUCAAGUUCUGGAAGGAGCACUUCUAA